UUGUCAUUCGGGCAUCAAUUAUGCACAACUUUCAUCUCUGGCUUCCAUCCCGUUCUCUCUCGCUAACCUUACUUUAAAAAUCGGCUCUAAUUUAGAAAUAGAAAUUUUAAUCUUUGUAAGACAAAGGAAAAUCACAAAAACAGCAUAAAGGAUAGACUUAAAAGCGAUAUAGUGGAUUGAUCAUGGGACUCGGGUGUUAUUGCGGUGUUUGAAAGCCCCUAUGGUCCAUAGCUGAUAAAGGAAACCGUGUCAUUCUCGUUGGUAUAUAAAGUUAUAAGGAAUUAAAAUAAACAUGAAACUGCUAAUAUUUUGUACAGUACUUACCAUUCAAUUGGURACCAAUUCUCUCACAGAAUCGAAACCAAUGAUGAAAUCACCCGAGCUUCACAGAUCACGUCGAAGUGUUGUGAUCAAAGCUAUGCACAACAUAUGGCUUUCAAGACGUYGCCGUGAUGUUGACAUGGACAAACUCGUGCUUCUCAGGAAAAAGCUCACGAGAAUGAGGAGAAGCUUAGCUGUUGGACCAACAAAAGCUAUAAAAGUAGAGAUAAAAUUCUUAACAAGCUGGAUGGACGCAAUGGAGAAUCAUACGUCAACGCCGUACCGCAUGAUGGAUGGUAACAUACUUGAUGCGAUAUUCACAGAGCUCAUUGGAGAUACAGAAUACAUUGAAUCCAAAGUCAUGACGUUAAAGAAAUCCAACGACAAAGAUCCACAGAUUCUYGCUGAUAUCGAGUUUGAUUUCGAUCAAAGCGAAGAAGAUCCACUUGUGCAUCUACGCGAGAUCGUGGAAUCAGGCAGGAUCUCAGGAAUGGAAGUGUCUCCCGACUAUUUCAUUAUCUUUGACACCCGGAAGCCAUCACCUCCAAAUAAAUCAAACUCAACAUCAGGAAAGGUGUCUCUGUUGGACGUUCAUGGUAACCCAACAUAUGCACCAACAGUAUYAACUACACUGGCACCUACAACUGCUGUAUAUACUGGUCCAUAUCAAGAGUUUCAGUACGAUAUCAAGCUCAAACGUCCUUGGGACCCAAGACUGAGCGAUGGCAGCAACAAUGUGACCAAACACCUUGAGGACCACAUCCAAAAUAUUGUAAAAAUCAUUUUUGACAACAAGCCAAACUUUGUUGAUGACCGAGUAACGAGUAUCAGUGAGGGGCCAGAUGAGCAUCCAUUUAUCCGCAUCGUAUUGCGGUUCAAGCCUGGUGAUUAUGAUCCCAUGGCAAAGAUUCUUCAGCUUGUUAAGUCAGGAAUGUUGGGUGAUAUACCCAUCUUUGAGGACUAUCUAAACGGUGAACUACCAGGUUCAAAGCCACCUGUUUAUAAUCCGCCCCAAAACACCGAACAAGUGGAUCAACUACGACCAACUAAGGCCCUGGUGCCUUAUCAACCUCAAGAAAAUGUCCAGCCACCAGCGCCAGUGCCUAUUCCGGCCUACGCAACACCAUCACCAGGUCAAGUUCUGUCUGGUCAUGUAAUUCUUGAUCAAACCUGGUAUCCCUUCAUGGAUGAUCCAAGGAGCGCAACCGACAAAAUAUUAUCUGACACUAUCGCAAAAGCUAUUAAAGAAGCAUAUAAACCAUAUGAUGUCGAUGUAAAGAUCACAGGUCUAAGCCGUACUCCUGAUAACAAGAUCAGAGCUGACUUCACCAUCACGUUCCCUGCAAACGAAUCUCCAACUCUAAAACCAUUGAACGACGCAAUUGCUUCUGGUGUUCUGGGUGGAUUACCAGUAAUAAUUGAGAAGCCAGCAGAUGCGACGUCAGGUCAGGCUGGACAAACAGGACAGACAGGUCAAUCCAACACUGCUGCUCCAACUCAGGCUGCUGCAACACAACCUGCCGUAGCGCAGGCUGCAGUAACACAAGCCGCUCCAAGUCAACCUGCCUCAACGCAGGCUGCUGUAACGCAAGCURCUCCGACUCAGCCUGUUGUGACACAGGCUGCUCCAACUCAGGCUCGACAGAYAGUUCCAAGUCAAGCAGCAGYACCUGCUGUACCUGCAUCGUCAGAUGUUCCUAUUCUUCCUGCAAAACCACCUGUGAUAUCCUAUAAUGGCGGUGUGGUGCCCUUACYUCAAGGAAUUCCCAGUUCAUGCGAGGAAAUACGAUCAUGUGGUAUAGGAAACCAGGAUGGAGAGUACGUUAUCAAGGCAAGACCCAGUUGUCAUCUAAGUAUCAUUUGUCAGAACAUGAAUGAGCCCCAUCCAAAAGAGUACCUCGGUGGACCUGCACAGAAUCAGUGGCAAUAUUGGCACUAUGCUGUGUUAGUAAAGCUUUCAUCGCACGACAAAGAAGGCAUUGACAAUCGUGCUUGUCUUGAAAACACAGCUGUUGGACGCCAAUUCAUAGCUAAAGUGAUGGCUGCUGGCGCACGACAAGGAAACCCUUUAGUUCCAUGGAAARCGAACAUAAAGAGAAUGAUUCACUCAUACAUUGGAGACAAGAAGCAAAAGAAAAGGCGUUCGCUUGAGGACAUGGAUAUAACGCUCAGCACUAAGGCUAUUAGAAUUUACAAGAGGUAUGCACUCUUAAAUCACUUCAAAUAAGAGUCCCUAGCUGUCACAAGCCAGAACGAAAAUCUAUGGAGUGUCGUUAAAUGUUUUUUUAAAUAUAUAUAUAUAUAUAAUGACUUAAUAUCUUCUUUCAUUGUCAGGCAGUAASAAACUAAUGCAUUGAUAUUCGUUAAAUAUCUUCCUUCGAAAAAAUAUGAAAUGUUUUAUGGUAAAAAUGCCGGUUUAGUUAGUGUAUCUUCUUGUUCUUGCUAUAUUUGGUGCGUAGUACAGGUUCGUAGUAUUAGUUACAAUUUGAGUUUUGUAGUUAUAUUAUAUUGUAUUGUGGUGAAGGUAAUUUAUUCGAACGAAUGAUUGAUCUUUUGCUCGAGGUUUUAAAUUUUGYUGUUAAGCCCUAUGGAAACACUAUUCGUUACAUUUCUGUAGUCUCGAAAGUUUUGACGUAAUGGAUUUAUAAUACGCUGGAAACACAGAGGCUCUCUCACGGCUUCAUUGCUUCUUGGACGUCUGCUUCGGUGACGCACCUUCGACCUUUGGAACCCAGGAAAAUUUUACCAUUGUAUUUUGGUACGAAAAAAAGCUCAAAGUUUACUGAAAAAUCAUGCAAAGUAAACUCUAAUUGAAUUGUUAAAUUAUUAUAAAUCGCUAAUUAUUAAGAGAAAAAUGCGAAAAUGCACGAGUUUUAAGGCACCAACCAAAGCCAAAAUUUUCCAGGAAAAGUGAGUGAAAAUGAUGGUAUUUUGGAAGCCAAAAACAAUGAUGUCAGGGUUCUACUUGACAUGCGCAGCUAAAUAAAACGUACUUUAAAUCAACACUUAUGUAUUUUUUUGCAAAAAAUCAAUAAAUAUAGAUAGAAAUGUAGUGAUAUUUUCUUAAGAAAUAUACUGAUUAUUAAAAAAGUACAGUAUUUGUACAAAACAACGACA